AUGAAUUUGAAGGAAGUGUUACUUGACCUUGUGUUUGGAUACGUGCCAGCAGUGAUGAAUGGGGAAAUCGAACUGGUAAGAAGUUCUACUGUUCAAAAGAGCUUUUUGAAGUCACCAUCAUGUAGACCAGCUCUCCAAAAUGCAGACCACCUCACUUCCUCAGAUCUUUCCUUGUAUAGUACGACCGUUUCUCGAAUGUCAGAUGUCGUACGCUCUGAUCUCGACCAUCUUUCUGAUAUUGGAAUCGGAAGUAACACUACACCUGAAACUUUUGAGAAUGCUCGAAAAGAUCGUGACUUAUCCCGUAAUCCCACAAAUAGCUCUGGGAUAAUUUUAACACCAGUGUCCUGUCAGGGGUGUCAAGUAUCUACUCCUUUAACCGAAGUUAGUGACUCACUGGCUCUUGGAUCACAAUUGACCAGUUCUUGUGUAACUAGCUCUGAUGAUCUGAACAAAAAUCAUUUUCUGUCUUUAAUAAAAUCAAACUCAGAACAUUUGGAUAAGAUCUCAUCUGCGUCAGAUGUAGUUGAUUUCGGGAAACUCGCUUAUGGUCGCCUUGAUGGACAGUUGUGCGAAUCAGAAUAUCGAAAUAAGCUAAACAAAACACAUAAUUUGACUUCUGUUGACCAGUUAACAGAUACUACUUGCUUGCGUGUUAACAAUCUCAGUGCAGAUUAUCGUUUAAUAAGAGCGGCAAUAGAGUCUGGUAUUACAUCUGAUACGCUUACAGGUAUCAAUCAAAAAAGCGACACGAAGUGUUUUCAAGCUGAGUCGGACAGUUUGGAUAUUUCAACUGAAUUCGGAGUACCAAGUAAUGCAUGGAACCACCGGAAUUGUGCAGGGGUUACUUCUGCUGACCAUGGCUUUUCAUUUGUCGGGGACACGAUUACGUCUCUUAUGUCUAACACAGAAAUAGAUCAAGAUGGUGUUUUAAGUGACGGUCAUUGUAGCAACAUUUUCCCCACUUGUCAUAGCAACAAUUCCACUACUGCGACUGUUGCGACUAAGCGCCCAAUCACUGGGGCUCACCAAACAGCACGCUACCCUGCAGUUAAUAAAGGUAUGUGGUCGAGUAAUUCUAAUGGGCUGUCAAACUCUGCACUUGGAUACAUGGUUUCCAAUGCAUGGAGCAGCAGCGGCACCAGUAUUUCAUCAAAGUUAGGCAGUAGUCUUGUCACUGAUUCGAAUUCUCCUACAGUUUGUGAUUUUCCUGGAAAUGAAGGCAAUACGGUUUCAUGGUCUCAAAAUUCAUCAGUUCAUCAAACACUUCAUAAGUCAAACGUCCAGAACAUUCCAAAUAUGGUCGGACCUGUCGGUUUUGGUGGUGGAAUGGCUAACGGUUCCUUAAAUCGAGCAGCUGUGUCCGUAGGUCUUGUAUCAGUAUCUACAGCCGGCGUCAGUAUUACCAGUAACAAUAAAGUAAACGAGGCAGGACUGUCAAAUAUAUAUAGUAUGUUUCCUAAGCGCCCCCAACACCGAAUGAUGGCACAUUGGCAGCAACAGCAACAACAUCAUCAAAAUUCACAACAAGUACCCCUAGGUAAAAGUCCCAUGAACAUUGUCACAAGUAAUAUUCAACUUAAUGGUAAUCGUGGUAGUUUAGCUGCAGUUAAUUCCACUCUCUCAGCUCUCCCAAAUGGUUGUGAGGAUUCUGGUGUGAAUAACAGUGCUGGAAGUUUCAAUAACCACUCUAUCAUCCAGUCACUAAACAGUGUUGGGUCCUCAUCGUCUGCAAAUAGUCCGCUUGUUCUGUGUUCUUCUGGAGACUCCUUCACGAAUACCUUGCCAUUCAAUAGUCCAACGUCGGAAAGUUCCUUAGAUAGUUUCAAAUACGGGCUAGAUCAACAGCUUAUGGAAGUUAUCAAAUCUUUUGAAAUCAGUAGCAUUGGAGGUUCUAAUUUAGCUUCUUCGAAUGCAAAUAGUACAUCUAUGGGGGGGAUCGAUGAUUUAACAUUGUCAUCUAGUUUUGGAGAGGUAGAUCAACAAAUACCUGGUUUAAAUUCUGCAAGCCAAAUGCCUGUCUUAGGCUCACCGUCAAUACACAACUCAACACCUAUGAUAAAUGGUUCAAAUAACCAAAGUUCAAGUUUUAAUAGUCUUUCUAGCUACAACGGGAGUUCAAUAAUGGGUUCAGCUGGAAUGACAAGUCCGUAUUCUAUGUUUGCAAAUAUCUUUACUCGUGAAGAGGGAUUUUCACGCAAAGUAUUCGUUGGAGGUCUCCCACCUGAUAUAGACGAAGAGGAAAUAACCACUGCUUUUCGUCGAUUUGGCCCUUUAAUAGUUGACUGGCCUCAUAAAACCGAAAGUAAGGCAUAUUUUCCACCAAAAGGCUAUUGUUUUCUGCUAUUCCAAGAUGAACGAUCUGUUCAAAGUCUUAUUAAUGCUUGUAUUGUUGAUGAAGGAAAAUACUAUUGGUGCGUAUCAUCACCCACGAUGAAAGAUAAACCCGUUCAGAUUCGACCAUGGAACUUAGCAGACUCUGAUUUUGUCAUGGAUGGUUCACAACCAUUAGAUCCUCGUAAAACGAUUUUUGUUGGAGGCGUUCCACGUCCACUUAGAGCUAUCGAACUUGCCCUAAUAAUGGAUCGUUUAUAUGGAGGUGUUUGUUAUGCUGGCAUAGAUACAGAUCCAGAAUUGAAAUAUCCUAAAGGUGCUGGUCGCGUCGCUUUCUCAAAUCAACAAAGUUAUAUCGCUGCAAUUAGUGCACGAUUUGUGCAAUUGCAGCAUAAUGAAAUUGAUAAACGAGUUGAAGUUAAACCAUAUGUCUUGGAUAAUCAAAUGUGUGAUGAAUGUCAAGGUACUCGUUGUGGGGGUAAAUUUGCCCCAUUUUUUUGCGCUAAUGUUACUUGCCUUCAAUAUUAUUGCGAACAAUGUUGGGUACAGAUACACAGUCGUUAUGGUCGUGAAUAUCAUAAACCUCUAGUCAAAGAAGGGGCUGAACGUCCUCGUCCUGCACUUUAUCGAUGGUAGACGCAUACAAGUCUGUUAUUAUUUGUUAGCUUGUUAUAUCUUUCAGCAUGUUUGUUUCAUGAAAAUUGGAAAUGUUUCUUCUGAUCUCGACCUCUUACUUUCAUUGUCUUCAACCUUUCAUAUUCUCUUGUUUUUGUUUCAAUCAUUUGGUGCUUUCCUUACUCUGCC